GCAAACACUAACCAAAGUUGUGUUAUGGCAGAAGUCAAGUUGCUAGGUUUUUGGUAUAGCCCAUUUACUCACAGAGUUGAGUGGGCUCUAAAGAUUAAGGGAGUGAAAUAUGAAUAUAUUGAAGAAGAUCGAAAUAACAAGAGCUCUCUACUUCUUCAAUUAAAUCCAGUUCAUAAGAAAACCCCAGUGCUCAUUCACAACGGAAAGCCCAUUGCUGAGUCUAUGGUAAUUGUUGAAUACAUUGAUGAGACAUUUGAAGGUCCUCCCAUCCUGCCGAAAGAACCUUAUGACCGAGCUUUAGCUCGUUUCUGGGCUAAGUUCCUUGAUGAUAAGACGGCAGCAAUGGUGAAUACUUUCUUACGCAAAGGAGAGGAGCAAGAAAAAAGUAAAGAGGAAGUUUGGGAGAUGCUGAAAAUUCUUGAUAAUGAGCUCAAGGAUAAGAAAUUCUUUGUGAAUGACAAAUUUGUGUUUGCUGAUGUAGCUAAAAAUUUUAUGGGACUUUGGCUAGGAGUAUUUCAUGAAGGCUCUGGAGUUGUAGUAGUCACAAAUGAGAAAUUUCCAAAGUUUUGUGCUUGAAGAGAUGAGUAUGUUAACUGCAGCCAAGUCAAGAAAUAUCUACCUCCAAGAGAUGAGUUGCUUGCUUUUUUCAAAGCUUCUCUAUCUGCAGCUUCUGCUUCUGCUACUGCUAAAAAAAUGAAUACAUCCUCGUUCA